GACCAACGAACGGGAGAUUCAUUAAUUUCUGUGUUGCACGGCGAUCCUCAAUCUAUAAAUGUAUUUACAUUGGUAAAAACAAUUUUGCUGGAGUUUCCACAUCAAUCGUUAUCGCUUAGAAUAGUAUUUAGCCAGAUCGGUUCGUUGGUUACCUAUUAGUACCGAUCGGAUGCUUUACCAAAUUGCAUCGGAAAAAUGUUGAAGUUACUUGAAGUUACUGUUAGUGUUAUGCUAGUGUUAUACCAAGUUACAGUUCAAAGUGCUCCCACGACGUAUAGUGCCAAUAUUUUCGUGAAAAAGAGCAAUGUUUCAAAGAACGAAACAUUGCCGGAUCCAACGGCACCUUUAGUAAUACCUAGCAUAUCGGAGAAGGAUGCAACCACUCUUCUCGACAACCUCGGAUAUACCGAUGGCGUUGGUGCCCGAUUCGGCGAUUCGGAUGAGUUUUCGCUAGACGAGGUAAUUCUCAGUUUCCAGCGUGAUAAUGAUUUGACGGAGACCGGUUCGUUGGAUGAUGAAACCAAAUUGGCCAUGGCAAGACCGCGUUGUGGGUGGAAGAAAAGUUCGCGAAUGAACGGAGAUACGAUGAAAUGGCGUAAACAAUCAAUCACAUACAGAAUUGAUAAUUUUCCGCGGGGAAAAAGUUCGGCUCCAGUGCAAGCGGCACUGGCGAAAGCUUUUGGAGAAUGGAGUAAAAUUACAAAUUUGGACUUUACGGAAGUGACGGAUCGUAGGGCUGAUAUUCACAUAAGUUUUGCAAGACGAGUUCAUGAGCUCGAGGGGGAAUCUUGCGUCUUUGAUGACCCUAGAACGCUAGCCCAUGCGUUUUUCCCAGAAAUCGGAGAUAUCCAUUUCAACAGUAACUAUUACUUCGACGGUGGCUCGUCUAUAGAUGAUUUUCUCGACACGGCACUCCACGAAAUUGGUCAUUCACUUGGACUGGAACACAUCAACUCCAGGGCGUCACUAAUGCAUCCGACACAGACCGCCCAGUUCAACAAACCGCAGCCGAUUGAUGUACAGCGAAUCCAAGCCCUGUAUGGAGCUCGAAGGGGAAGAAGUUCUACUGUUAGACCCAACCCGACGAAUGAUUCAGGCGAAGCGGAAGGCUUCUCUUCUACUAACAAUAACCCUUCUAAUGAGUGUUUGUCGAAAAUCGAUGCGGGAGUUGACGACAUCGAUGGCAAUGCUUACAUUCUGUCCGGAGACAAUUAUUACGUGUUGAACGGUGGAAGUCCUUCGGAUGCUGCCCCGAUCUCCAGUAAAUGGCCGGGUCUCCCAGGUAACAUUGACGCCGCUUUCCGCUUCAAAGACGGACGGACCUACUUCUUCAAACGGGACAAAUUUUGGCGCUUCACGGGUAACCGAAUGGACGCUGGCUAUCCGCGAUUGAUCAGUUCAGGAUUUCCCGGGGUGCCGAACAAUAUCGACGCCAUUCUGAUCGACGGAGCUGGUGAUAUAUUUGCCUUCAAAGGUGACACAAUGUGGGUCUAUGAUCCAAGCCUUAAAAACGUGAAGAACAUCAUGACCAUCGGAACGGUCGGAAUGGGUUUGCCAAGUAACGUCGAUGGAGCGCUGGAUACUGAUACAAUGGUUAUCGUGUUUAAAGGUGAUGCGUACUACGUGCUGCAGGAUGGCGAGUUUCAAAUGAGAAGACAUAAUUGGUUUCAAUGUGGAAGACGGAUGAAUAAUUUUUGGGGAUGAGUGUAAUUUUUUAUGAGAUUUGCGUCAGUUGAGUGUCUUGUGAUUCAAGUAUUAAUAACACCUAGUUAACACAAAA